UUUGGCCCCAGCGGUCCCGCCCAUCUCGCCCGCCCCCGCCGUCCCGGUGCCUUAGUUUUUGAAGCUGCCGACCUCUCGCAGCUGGAAUCGCAGACCAGGCAGGACCCUGGCAGCAGACGGCGUCCAAGAGUUUGGCGACAUCCGUCCAGCCAGGUUGGCGCCCCGCACGUCGUGCCUCUCACUAGCAAAAUUUCUCCGAGGAGAAGCAGCCCCUCCAGCCUUUUCUUGAUCCUGUAGAGCGAGCGCGCUCUGCUUCUGUCCCUCAACACUGCAUUCGGAGACAGGGUGGUGACAAUACUCCACUCCCGGGCCAGGCGGUCUUGGGGGCGGGGCUUGGGGGAAUCCGAGGAGCUAUCCUGAGAACCCUGGACUCAGGAAAGGUCCUGAGAGCGCGCAGCUCUCCGCUGACUUGAGAGGACACACUGGUCAGGACUCUUUGUGAGGAGCUGCUGAGUGUCGGUGCCCCCGACAGAUCGGCUACACCCUGCCUGAGGGGCUGCGAAAGGAGCCGCCACGGAAGCCGCUGUUCUCAUGACUCUUCACGUCCCUGGAGUUGGACUCUGGAUGGGGCGCUGGGAUGCUUGCUUUUGUCUUGUUCAAGUUUCACAGCAAGUAUGUUGACGAUUGGAAUCGGGGCCAAUCAAGAGUCAAGUUCAAAGUGGUACUCCUGGGCUUUCCAUCCCAGACUCCAAGUCGAAUCUGAGUCUAGAAGAGAGCGGUUUCUUGCUCUAACUAGUGAAUCUCUGUUCCCAAACUGGACUUGACAGAGCUCUCCUCACCUAUACUUGGACUGUAGCGGCCAUAGGGUUCUCUUGGGGAUGGGUGGGAGGGUGCUAUGAACACCAGACCACAACAUUCAGAAAGAACCUCGACAAUGGACAGAGUUUAUGAAAUUCCUGAGGAGCCAAAUGUGGAUCCGGUUUCAUCUCUGGAGGAAGAUGUCAUCCGUGGAGCCAACCCCCGAUUUACUUUUCCAUUUAGCAUCCUUUUCUCCACCUUUUUGUACUGUGGGGAGGCUGCAUCUGCUUUGUACAUGGUUAGAAUCUAUCGAAAGAAUAGUGAAACUUACUGGAUGACAUACACCUUUUCUUUCUUUAUGUUUUCAUCCAUUAUGGUCCAGUUGACCCUCAUUUUUGUCCACAGAGAUCUAGCCAAAGAUAAACCGCUAUCAUUAUUUAUGCAUCUAAUCCUCUUGGGACCUGUUAUCAGAUGUUUGGAGGCCAUGAUUAAGUACCUCACACUGUGGAAGAAAGAGGAGCAGGAGGAGCCCUAUGUCAGCCUCACCCGAAAGAAGAUGCUAAUAGAUGGCGAGGAGGUGCUGAUAGAAUGGGAGGUGGGCCACUCCAUCCGGACCCUGGCUAUGCACCGCAAUGCCUACAAACGUAUGUCACAGAUCCAAGCCUUCCUGGGCUCAGUGCCCCAGCUGACCUAUCAGCUCUAUGUGAGCCUGAUCUCUGCAGAGGUUCCCCUGGGUAGAGUUGUGCUAAUGGUAUUUUCCCUGGUAUCUGUCACCUAUGGGGCCACCCUUUGCAAUAUGUUGGCUAUCCAGAUCAAGUACGAUGACUACAAGAUUCGCCUUGGGCCACUAGAAGUCCUCUGCAUCACCAUCUGGCGGACAUUGGAGAUCACUUCCCGCCUCCUGAUUCUGGUGCUCUUCUCAGCCACUUUGAAAUUGAAGGCUGUGCCCUUCCUAGUGCUCAACUUCCUGAUCAUCCUCUUUGAGCCCUGGAUUAAGUUCUGGAGAAGUGGUGCCCAGAUGCCCAAUAACAUUGAGAAAAACUUCAGCCGGGUCGGCACUCUGGUGGUCCUGAUUUCAGUCACCAUCCUCUAUGCUGGCAUCAACUUCUCUUGCUGGUCAGCUUUGCAGUUGAGGUUGGCAGACAGAGAUCUCGUCGACAAAGGGCAGAACUGGGGACAUAUGGGCCUGCACUAUAGUGUGAGGUUGGUAGAGAAUGUGAUCAUGGUCUUGGUUUUUAAGUUCUUUGGAGUGAAAGUGUUACUGAAUUACUGUCAUUCCUUGAUUGCCUUGCAGCUCAUUAUUGCUUAUCUGAUUUCCAUUGGCUUCAUGCUCCUUUUCUUCCAGUACUUGCAUCCAUUGCGCUCACUCUUCACCCAUAAUGUAGUAGACUACCUCCAUUGUGUCUGCUGUCACCAGCACCCUCGGACCAGGGUUGAGAACUCAGAGCCACCCUUUGAGACUGAAGCAAGGCAAAGUGUUGUCUGAUUCUAUUUUCUGGGUAUUUUAGGAAGAGUUGGGAGUUGCCAAGAGUAACCAUGAAAUUGAACGAAAGGAUGAGGUUCAUGGGUGAGAUACCCAUCAGUACAUUUUCUUGACUUUUCUGUUAAGCCUAUCAGAAGAAAGAGCAACUCCCAAAUAGGUUUUAUUUUCUUAAGAGUUACCACUAUGUUUGGAAACAGGGGGUAUCCACUAUAUAGUUGAAAGGGUCAGAAAUACCAUUCACACCCUUCUUACCCAAGUCAAUUGGAAUAACUUGCCUUCAAACACUUUAGGCUCUCUAAAGUGACCUUCUAGCUCUGCUCAUUUGCUUGAUGCAUUUCUGAGCUUUCCUGGGCUGAGCUGAAGGCCCAGAAUCCCGCUAGAAUAUAUCCUGACUGAUCAGAGGAUAUGACAGCUUACCAGCUAAGAGUACCUCCCAGGAAACAGUCUGACUAAUGUGGAACCUGCAACUGUCAGUGUGGCUGGGGUCUUUUUAAUUCCAGUGAGAAGCUCUGGCUGAGAAGAAAAUCACCACUAUUAAAAAAGCUGCUCCCCAAGCAGAUUAGCUCUCUGUUAGGAUUUUACUAGUGGCCACUGAGCAAGGACCUCUCUUUACAGUGGCACUUCAUAGGCACACUCUAAGGAGAAAGUGCAGACUAGAAUUCCUUCAGGGCAUAAGCCAAAAUGACUCUUUUUCUCAGGGACCUGCAUGGGCCUCCAGCUUGUCUAUUGGAAUUGUUAAGUGAAGCCUCUCACUUAGUGCCUCAUUAGCAGAGAUUUCCUCCAACCCAGCUUUUCUGUGCUCUUGGUAUUUUACUACUUGAUGUGGACCUCAGAGAAGCUGAACUGUAAUUGAAAAUGUUUCCGAUGUGUGGAAGAAAUGAAGACUACUUUGUGUC